AUGAUCCCCUCUUCCGUCCACAAAACACUCGUUUUGCUUUCGUGCACGUUCUUGGGCCUCAUCUGCGGCACGCUCUACCUCUACCUGUCGUACAGCCCGCAAUUGGCGCAGCGGCUCCAGUACCUGGCCACUAACGCGCUGUCCAUAGCCUUGGUGGGCAGUCUCGGCGUGGCCGUGUCGGGCCCCAUGGCGGGGCUCGCCGUGGACAGAAAGGGGUACACGGGCGCGCUCUGCGCCGGCGGCUCGCUCAUUGUGUUGGGCUACUUCGUGCUUCGCCGCCAGUACACGCACACGUACCUGAACGUGGCGUUGUCGUGCCUCUGUCUCUUCUCCGUGGGCGCCGGGUCCACGUUGAUCAACCUGGCGUGCCUCAAGUGCUGUGCCGUGACGUUCCCGAGCCUCCGCGGCGUGGCCACGUCGUUGCCCUUGGCGCUCUACGGGCUCUCGGCGAUGUUCUACCUGGUGGUGGCGCUGGUGUUCUACGCGGGCGACACUGCGGGCUUCUUGCGCUUCUUGAUGGCGUCCGUGGCCGCUCUUUUUGCGCUCUGCAGCCCCUGUGUCAUGCUCUGCGACCGCAGGCCCUGCCUGUCCGGCCGCACCGUGCGGCUCGCCGACUCCAUCGAGAUGGUCAAUCUCCGCGGGCUUUCGGAGAUGAAAGGGGCGCUCUCGCCAUGCGCCACUCCCACAAGCGGGCCUGCAGACUUGCACGGUCUCGCGCUCCUUCGCCUGCCGCGCUUCUGGCUCCUCUUCCUCAUCACGGGCGCCAUGGCCUCCUUGGGCCAGAUGUACAUCUACUCGGUAGGCUACAUGGUCAAGGCGCUUGUGAUCCGCAACUUCGACAUCGAUGCGGCUGCGGCCACCAGCCUGUCUGUGGACAUGGUGAUCCAGAACCAACAGCAGGUGCAGGUCGCGCUCCUCUCCAUGACCAACUGCGUGGGCCGGCUCGUCGCGGGCGUGAUGGGCGACAUCAUCUCCCAAACGUUCCGCAAGCUGCGCGCCUGGCUUCUCUUUGUACCCGGCGUGGGCCUUGUGUGCACACAGGUCUUGGGCCAUGCCAUCACCAGCCACGAGUAUUUGGGUGUUGCGUCGAUGCUCUCGGGCUUUUUCUACGGCUACACGCUAUGUAUCAUGCCCACAAUCGUAGGCGAUGCGUUUGGAAUCGCCAACUUUUCAGGCAACUGGGGGCUUGUGGGGCUUGCGCCGGUCGUGCCCAGUUUCGUCUUGACAAACCUCUUUGGCAAGGUCUACGACUCGAAAUCGGCCGCGGGCGUCGAUGGCGUGUAUACCUGCACGUUGGGGAGCCGCUGCUACUCGCUGGUGUUCAACUUGAGCCUGGGUGUGUCGAUCUUGGCCUUACUAGUGGUGGGGGUGCUUAAUUUCGGUGACCGAUACUACACCAGUAGGGCGUUGGCGACAAAGGGGAAACUUGCGGGUUAG